AUGAAUGAAGCAGGAGACAGUGAGGCACCAGACAGACUAAGCCAGAUAAUAAGUUUCUUUCUUGUGCUGGUCCGCUUGGGAGUUUUGUUAGCAGAUUGUAAUGAUGUCAAUGUCAGGGCUUUCUUAGUUGAGUUUGCAGACACAUUCAUACAGAGAUUCACGCAUACAAACAUACCCAACAGCAGCGUGUGGAACAUGGUACGAGAAAAAAGCGCAACACACGUAAGUAGCAUCGAAGAAUUGUGUUGUAACGUUACGUGUCGUCCAUACAUUCAGGUGGCCAGCCAUCUCCCUACUUUUGCCAUUUUCCUCUUGCGUGGAGUUGCGUUGCGCGUGCGUGUAUGUGGAAAAUGUAUCAACACGUACAUGAUCCAGUAG